UGGAAUUUGAAAGAAAUAGUGGAGCUUAGUCUUAGAGGUUAAGCUAAGCAUAAUAAACACGCGUACGAAUCUCAACUCCAAUCACAAUGACAUACUUCUCCUUCUUCUUCUUCGUAUUCGGUGCUCAUUCCCUCUUCCUCCUCUCUUCUUCGCUUCCCCAUUCCGAUUUAGGGUUUUGCUCCGAUCAACUCAACGAUAACAUGGCUACUCUCGGUGCUCCACGCGAUUCUACUGCCGACCUCCAUUCUCUUGCUAAAUUUGCUGUUGAUCACCACAACAACAAAGAGAAUGCGCUGCUCGAGCUAGUCAGGGUCGUCAAGGCGCAAGAGCAAGUGGUCGCUGGCACGCUCCAUCAUCUCACUCUCGAAGUCAUCGACUCUGGAAAGAAGAAGCUUUAUGAGGCCAAAAUCUGGGUAAAACCAUGGGAGGAUUUCAUGGAGCUUCAAGAGUUCAAACAUGUUGGUGACGUUCCUUCCUUCACCUCAUCGGACCUCGGUGCUAAGAAGGAUGAAGGGGAAGCUGGCUGGAAAUCAGUGCCGGUGCACGAUCCUGUUGUUCAAGAUGCUGCUCAUCAUGCUGUCAAGACCAUCCAGGAGAGAUCUAACUCGUUAUUUCCUUAUGAACUGAGUGAGAUUGUCCAUGCCAAUGCAGAGGUUGUUGAAUCAUCUGCUAAAUUUGAGAUGGUUCUGAAAGUGAAGAGAGGGGCUAAAGAAGAGAAGUUGAAGGUUGAGGUGCAUAGGAACAAUGAAGGUGGUUUCCAGUUGAACAAGAUGGAUGCUGAUCACUAACUCUUUGCUGUUUUGUUAGCGUUGAUGAUCUUAUAUAAACUUCAAACGUGACCUGCGCCCUGUGUAGGCGUUUUACUUUUGCCCAUGUUGGUUUUGUUUUGUUUGUUUUUAGGUUUGUAAUAACUUGUGUAUGUCUAGUCUACCUCUCUCAGUAUGUUUUGUUGUGUCUCUGGAUUAUGUAAUUUGAGUUGGAAGUUAGUAGCAUAUGAAUAUUAUACAAGGGCAAAGCGUUCGUUGAGGCUA